AUGCAGGAAGGUCAGUAUACAGGCUGGGUUCUCAGUCGAGCCAGGGCUCAAAGAAUACUCCCAUGCACUCUGGGACUGCACCCUCAUACCGACAAUCAACAGCACCUCAUAGUAACAGUAGAUACCGGCAACUGGGCGGAACCAACAGGAAACCAUCGCACUCGGGUAUACCUCCAGCAUCAAGCUCAUUACACUUAA